AUGGAGUUGGAGUUGCCUAAUCGUUUAUACGGUGAGGGAUUGGAACCUAAGGUUAAGAAGAUUAAUAACAGCUGCCGACUAAAACUUCUCGAGUUGCUAAAAGAAAAAAUGGAACCAGAAUUCGAUGAAGUUAUGAAAGAUCCCAUUUUUUCACAGAUUAUGGUUAUCCAGAAGAAUGAUCUGAAGUUUUCGGCGAGGUUGGUACACUCUUUCUUGUGUAAGGAGUUGAUGACAAGCAAGAGACAUGAGAAGUGGUUCACUUUCGCUAGGAGACCUAUGCGUUUUGGAUUGCAAGAGUAUCAUGAUGUCACUGGUCUGAAAGUGAAGCGAGAGAAUAACAGUGGGCUAGUGACAUGGAAAGACGAUAAUGGUUUUUGGAGCAAGCACAUAAAGACAAAUGGAAAAAUAAAUUUGCAGAUCAUAAAAAAGAAGCAUUUGGAAGAGAGCAAUACCUGGACUUGGGUUGAUAGGGUGAGACUGAUAUAUCUUUGCGUUAUUAUGGGUGUGGUGAUGGGAAAGGAUGAGAAGGUGAAUAUCCCGCAUCUGUACAUGAAGUUGGCGAUGGAUUUGGAGAAGCUUCGGAAUUACCCAUGGGGUCUGUAUUCGUUUGAUUUCCUUCUGAAGCAAAUUGAUAAAACAAGGCAUAAAUUAGAGCAGAAAAAGGGGUAUCUGAUGGAAGGAUUCUUGUUUGGUUUCCAAAUUUGGAUAAUGGAAGCUGUUCCUGCUUUAGGAGAGAUUUGUGGCACAAAAGGGAUUUUGCAUUCAUUCAUAGAAUCCCACAUAGAUGGAGUGGUCCUUUUGGCAACUGAUUUUGUACAGAAGGAUGAGAAGAAAGAUGAAAGAGUAGAUCAGAAAGGAGAUGAUCAAAGAGCUGAUACUGAGAGAGGUGAAAAUAGUCAUGUUGCAGGGAAUGUUGAUGGCACAGCUGAUGUUUCGGGAAGAAACAAGAGAAAGCAUGCAGACCGAGGAGCAGAGUCAAGGAAGAAGAAUGUUUUGUGCCACCUAGGUGCUUCAUCAAAAAGAAAUAUUGACACAGAUAUGAAAAAUUUCUUGGAGGAUCUGGUACAAGCUUCUUUUACUACUUUUGGGGAGAAAUUCUGUCAGCAGUUCUCGGACAGGUUGGGUAAGAUUGAGACUGAGGUUACACAACUCAGGACAGCUUCAGAGAGAACUGAGCAAUUUGAGACCGUUGUAACCGACAGAUUGGGGAAAAUUGAGGCUGAGGUUACACAGCUCAGAACAAGUUUAGUGGUGACUGAAUUGGUGGGAAAGAGUGAUCAAGCAAGCGGUCCUAGCUUGACCAAAAUCAACAGUGGUCCUAGCACCAGCAAAAAAGGCACUGCUCCAUCAAAGAAAAAGGCUGUAAAAAACCAAGAGUUAAAGACUGCUGAUUCGUGUGUCAAUUUACCUCGUGCAAAAGUUACUCAAUCAUCAGCUAGUGAUCUUAGUAUGGGUACACAAGAGUUUUUGGAAAGUUGCAUGAAGAACCUUCCAUUAGACACAUUUGUGAAAGGUUUGAAUCCUUCUCAAGCUAAAGUCGAAGAUUCAUUGGAUUGGUUGGAACUUCCAAAAUCAUUGAAGAAGCCAACAGAUUCAUUGGAACUUCAAAAAUCAUUGAAGAAGUCAGCGGUCCGAUUAGAUGACCGAGAUAUAGAGCUAGACGGCGAAAAUUUCCCUGAUCGCUGCUUGGUGUUUGUGCAUCCUACAGAUUUUAAGAAGAUGCAGGACUGGCAAGAUACACGAACAUAUGUUAUUCCUUUGUAUAUAUCAUUCGGUUGA